AUGGAUAAUGGUAAUCAUGUUGGUGGUUCAGGAAAUGGAGGAUUUCAUAGCUAUCGCAAAUCUCCACAACUAACCCCUGCACAUUCCCUUCCUCUGGGCGGAGCCAGGCGCGGAGCGCCAGCCCUUGAAAUUCAGAAGGGUCAUGCUGGCGCUCUGCUAGGCGCGGCACCCCAAGGGGGAAAAUUCAGAACCCCUUUUGGGGUGAACUGGCAGCGUGAGCAACGGAACACCAACACUGAUGAAGACGUGCAUUGGGUCAUUAACAAGUUUGGUUUUGAUGACUACAUUGAACCCUUGCCUUUGUACUUUCCUCGUUGUCGUGAGGAUGAUGGUGGCGAGUGUGGAUCCCUUAUAGGGGAGUCUUUGUUGAAGCGUCCAAUGGUUGAUACAUCUUCAAGCUGCAACAUCACACCCUAUCACCUUCCUCCUAAUUUUCCUAUGGCUCAUCACCACUUUGUGUAUCCACCACCAGUGGGAAAUGGUGAUAUGCAGGGUGAUGCAUCAAAUGGAAGCACUUCUCAGUGUGAAGUGGCUUCAGUGGAUAGUGACGUUGAGGCUCCUACGGAGGAGGAUAAUGAGUGA